AUGUCCGACCUCGAUCAAGCUGCCCUCGACGCCAUAAUCGAGAUCUUAAUGACAGAAGUCGCAGAAGAGCUUCUGGACGAGUGCAAAGAACCUGAGCCUCUACACAAUUCGAAACGGACAGUUCAGAUGGCGCUCGAGGAGUUUCUUGAAGGGCGGUUCAGAAGCCAGGGUAUGCGCACCUACCUCGGCACGACUCCCAUUGAAUAUGUCACUGCCGAAGAGAGGUUGUUCACGACGUUCUGGAUCUUGAGGACCGGGGCAUCUUUCGAAACGGCCGCAGAAGAAUUCGCAAGGUCACCGGAGACGAUCAGUUUAUCAUUUCAUGCGGUCAUCCUUGCCCUCUGUAAAGUAAAGUAUACAAUACAUGGGUCAAGCAGCCAACACGAGAAAGCGCUCUCGACGGCACCCAUAUCCCUGUCGUUGUCCGGAAAGGAAUACAACGAGCUUAUAUCAACCGAAAGGGAUAGGCAUCUACCAAUGUACUGGCUGCCCGGUCAUUCGACCUCAGGUUCACCGGUGGAUCUUACGGAGAGAACCUUAGUGCCGCUGGUACGGGUAGCUACGGCAUCUCCGACGCUUUCAAAGCUUGGACCGACGGCGAAAUCUGCAAGUCCUCUUCACUCCUUCCCUACCAUUCCUGCGUUUUGUCGCCCUCGUACUGAUGAGAGUAUAGCCGACUACGAUGCUAGCAACCCUCAAGGGCCUCACUUCACCCAGGUCUUGUGGAAGAGUAGCACCAAGCUCGGGUGUGCCCAAACUUCUUGUGCUGACGGCAUCAUCUUUACUGGUUACGGCGACUCUCCCUUCAUUGUUUGCGAGUACGACCCUGCUGGUAAUGUCGCUGGCCAGUACGGCGACAACGUCCAGGUUUGA